AUGCAUGACACUGUACGGCCGUGUGCCGCGUGUCUGGCCCUCAACAGAAAUCACCAAUUGAAGCGUUCAGCCGACGCUGCUUCACUGCGAGUCGCUGCGACACAGCGAGUCGCGACAGACCCAAGUGUCAUUGUCCCCUUCCGUUCUGCCGAGGGACUUGAGCGUGCGGGACACGUUGAGCUCUUUGAGCGGCUCAAGGUGGUCACAUCCGCAUUGAUCGCCGAGCGGGCAGAUCGAAUAGCGCUGGACAGGGAGAUUAAGCGGCGGACAUCCCUUUUCCAGGCUGCUAGAGUGAGGCUACAGGCAUACGCUCGGGCAGAUGCAUCACGCAGUGAACUCGUCCGACUGCUCGAAACAUCACAACAACGAGGUAUGAUGCAGUGUCGGCAUGCGCGCCAGCUCAUCAACCCUCGGAAGAUGAUGAUGAUCGGGCCAUACCUCAUCAGCUUCCCUGCACUGCGCGCGCUGAGCAAGCGCAUGCCCCAUGUCAACAUCUCGUCCCAGGAUCUCAACUACAAGGACAAACAGAACCAGCGCGCCACUCUCAAGUUGGCCGACCUCGACAUGGAUCCCUCAACUGGAAGCGUCAAGGCAGUCAGUGUGCUGCGUGACGCACUGGAGACAGGUUCACACAAUCCGGUUGGCGGUGAUGGUCCUAUCGUUGACGGCUCGUAUUAUGCUACCUUCCUCUAUGUGACGUUCAUGCAUUAUUUAGUAGCUGGACGAAUGAAAGCAGGCUCGUGGUCCCUCUAUUACUGCCCACCCGCUUUCCCGGACUAUCAACACGAGUUGCACCAUCCGCAAAUGUCGUAUGGAGGCCUUAACCAGAUCGCGUCCCAGCACAACUCUGCGCGCUUGCCGACGGUUCCCAUGGGGAAAUUGUCCAGGGGAGUCAAGGAAUGCGAGCGGAAACGUGCUGGGCAAUAG